AACAUGUCUGAAAAUGUCCGUCUCCACUGUCCUUUAUGAAAAUGCAGAGUUGAAAGGAGUUUCAAAAUAACUUCUGCUCAAGACACAAGUUCAGUGGAGGAACAAGAAACAUCUACAAUCUACAUCAUCAUUAUCCAUGGUUAAGGGCGAUGGCGUCUGCUGAAAAGCUGCUUCUGAACUCACUGAAGGAACUGGUUGAAGCUGAUCUAAAGGAGUUUCAGUGGCACUUAAAAAAUGAUCAUGAGUGUAUAUCAAAAUAUGAAAUGGAGAAAGCAGAUAGGUUAGAAACAGUGGAUAAGAUGGUGGCAUAUUUUGGGCCAGAAGAAGCUGUGAAGAUCAUGGUGGAGAUCCUAAGAAAGAUGAACCAUAACAAUCUGGCUGAGCAGCUGGAGAACAAACACAAGCAAGGCUCAACUGCAGAUUACAGUCAAGCUGCUCUUCAUGAUUACACAAAGGCCAGUCUCAGCCUGAAGGGCAGAUUAAAACAAGACUGUGAGCAGAUACUGGUUGGUAAUUCAGAGACGGGUCAUCUGAAAUACCUGAACGAUAUUUACACUGAUCUAUACAUAGUGGAGAAUGAGACUGGAGGAACAGUAAAUGACCAUGAGGUGAGAAAGAUGGAAAUGAAUCAUAAACAAUUAGAUGCCAAGAACACACAAGUUCAGUGCAAUAAUCUUUUUAAAGUCCAUGAGGAUCGUCGAAACAGAAAGGUUCUGACGAUGGGGAUCGCAGGGGUAGGAAAAACAAUCUCUGUCAACAAAUUCAUCCUUGACUGGGUUGAAGGAAAAGAAAAUCAGGAUAUAGCCUUCAUUUUUCCUCUGCUGUUCCGUCAGCUAAAUUUGACUACAGAGAACUGCAGUCUUAUGAAACUGCUUCAUGAACACUUCUUUAAUAAUCCUAAGGAACUGCCUUCUCUUCCUGAGGGUGACGGUAAGGUCUUAUUCAUCUUUGAUGGGCUGGAUGAAUGUCGCUUCCCUUUGAGCUUUAAAGAGGGUGGCAGAUUUACAAAUGUUAACAAACAAACAACAGUGAGUAAGAUAGUUACAAGCCUUAUCAAGAGACACCUGGUUCCCUCUGCUCUUGUCUGGAUCACAUCCAGACCAGCAGCAGCCAGUCUGAUACCUCGACACUACAUUGAUCAGGUGACUGAAGUGCGAGGAUUUAAUAAUGAACAGAAAGAGCAAUUUUUUAUCAAAAACAGCAGUCCUGAGGUUGCUGGAAACAUCAUCCGUCACAUUAGAAAAUCCAGGAGUCUGUACAUCAUGUGCCACAUCCCUGUCUUCUGCUGGAUCUCUCUCACUGUUCUUCAGCCUCUCCUGGCUCGAGAGAGCAAUGACAAAACACCAACAACUCUCACAGGGAUGUACACAAAAUUCUUAAUUUCUCAGCAGCAACAGAUGGAGGAAAAAUACUCUGAUGUACCUGAAGCUAAAGUCAAUGCGAUCUCUUUUGAUCAGAUUAUUCUGAAGCUUGGGAAACUGGCCUUUCAACAAUUGAAGAAAGGAAAUCUGAUUUUCUACAAAGAAGAUCUUGAGGAAUGUGGACUAGAUGUCAGUGAAGGGUCAGUGUAUUCUGGGUUAUGCACACGGAUGUUUCAGGAGGAAAACGUUUCAGCCAGAAAUGUUUACAGCUUCGUACAUCUCAGCGUCCAGGAAUUCCUUGCUGCUGUCUAUGUGUUUUUUAUGAACAAAGACAAGAAAGUAAACUCAUUUCUUCAAUCCUGGAAUAAAAUGACGCAGAAACUCUCCAAAGAGGAGCCAAUGUUUCAGCUUCAAAAGGCUGCCAUCAAGAAGGCAUUAGACAGCAAGAACGGACACCUGGACCUUUUCCUCCGGUUCCUUCUGGGUCUCUCAUUGGAGUCCAAUCAGAGUGACCUGAAAGAACUACUGCCAGGACUGGAACUCAAAACAGAGAAUGUUAAAGACACAGCUGAUUAUAUCAAAAUGAAAAUAGAGAAGGAGAAAUCAGUAGAGAGGACCAUCAAUCUCUUCCACUGUCUGAGUGAACUGAAAGAUGAAGGAUUUGUGGAGGAAAUCCAGAAGAAUCUGAGCUCAGGAAAUCUUUCAGCACAGAAUCUCUCCUCUGUUCAGUGGUCUGGUCUGGUGUUUGUGCUCCUGAUGUCAGAAGAGACUCAAGAGAUGUUUGAACUACAGAAAUACAGAAGAUCUGAUGAAGCAGUGAUGAGACUGCUGCCAGUAAUAAAAAACACAAGAAAAGCACUGUAAGA